UGUGUGUGUGUGUGUGUGUAUAAGGAGUGUAUCGGCUGACUCGCGGCCUGUGUAUAAUGCAUACUGCGUUGCGUCCCCCGCGCCUCGUUGUUGCAAGCCGCGAACGCGCACGGGAGGAGAGACCGCCAAGCGGACCGCGCACACGGAUUACUCGCUCGCGCGAGCUCGCCAGCGAAGGAAAGAAACUUGUUGCGUUUGUUCUCUCGCGCUCUCUUGUAUUUUAGAUAUAAAUCAAGACGGUCAGUUCGGCUCUACGAGCGAGGGAAAGCGUCGUCGCGCAGCCAUGCGUCUCGUUUUUCUCGGCCUGCUGCUGCUCGUGCUCGCCUGCUGCUCGACCCACGGCCAAGCUCAGCGCUAUCAUGAAAAGACACGCUUCGAUCGCUCGGUAAGCAGCGAUCAGCUUCAACGGAAGCACAAUAGACACCUGGAGAUCAAUAAGAAGCAGAGGACCAUCACCGAUCCGGCAACCCAAUUCACGGCUUACAAAGACUCUCAUCUUAAUGUCUGCUACUUGGAAAAGUUACAAGCCAAUGAACUCGAUGAUGCAAAGCUGUGGAUCGAUAUUAUUCGUGGCCAUAAAAAAGUCGUGUUCGCGACCAAUCGUCCGUUGAAAAAGAUAGAGGCAUGGCAUCUAGCUGGUCAAAAAAUCGUCGACUUCUGCAAAGGCACGUCAAUGUUCCUGUUGCAAGAGUCCAUGCCGACUCGCUACGAGGAUCCCGCGUUCAAUCAGAUACUCGAGGAAAAAAUCACCAUCGUGAAGAAAGCACCCCACGAUGAAAGAGUCAAGCGCGAGGCCAAGGCGCGAUUCCGCGGACAGACUCAGACUCAGUACAUGAAUCUCGGCGGCGAUGGUCAAAAUGAAGGCAGAGCAGAGGCCGAAGCGACUCUUCAGUCGUCCCAUGCCGUUGUCACCGGAAGUAGCGGAAUGGGUCAGGCGCAGAGCAUGUCUUCCGGCUCCGACGGAUGCGAGGGUUGCUUAGGAGUCAGUGGAACGUAUCAAGGUUUUCCAACAGGUGUGGAGAAUUGCCCAGCUGGAACGGUUACUGGAGGUAAUCAGCAAACAGUGAGUCAGGGAAAAGUAGACGGUGGUGCUGGAACGGGAGUUGGAAGCGUUCCUGGAACUUACCCUGGUAGUACAGGGAUAAAUCAAGGAGGACAAACAAAUCAAGGGGGUGGUACGACCCUAUCAACAGGAAGCCAACCUAGAACUGAUCCAAAUGCAAAUCGUCCUGGAAUACAGAUUCAGGGACAACCGGGUAGUCAAGUACCAGGUAAUCAACCAGGUCUUUAUUAUCCCCAAAAUAUUUAUCCAAAUGUAUUAUUACCUGGACAAAAUCAAGGUGUAAAUAGUUAUGUACCAGGAACAAUACCAGGAACACAGAUUGUGAAUGGUCAACAACCAGGUACAACCGUAAUGUAUCCAGGUACUCAAAUGGUAGGAUAUCCAAGUACUCAAACUGGAGGAAAUGUAGGGCAGCAGCUACCAAAUGGAAUGGUAUAUCCACCUACUCAACAAGUGGUAGGAGGUAACACACAAGUAUCCACUGGUACAAGAGUAAUCGGACAACAACCAGGUACUCAAAUCGGAAAUACAGGACAGUUGACUUAUGGAACAUGGCCUUAUCCUGGUUUUCAACCAGCAGGAGGUGGAGUUGCGCAAUAUCCCGCAGGUGUGAAUUACCCCAACACUCAGAUUACAGGUGGAACAAGAGUGCAAGGAUAUCCCGGCGCUCAAACUAGCGGCGGUGGAACUACUAUGACGAUGUAUCCGAGUACACAAGUAGUUGGCGGAGGUUCGCAAACGCCUGGCUUUGUAGGAAAUGUGGGAUAUCCAGGAAUGCAACAACCGGUACAACAGCCUACGGGAGUUUUUACUUAUCCCCCUGGAACACAGUUUGUUCAGGGAGGUUCGAAUAUUCCACAGCAAAAUGUAAUCGGAACUUCCCCCGGUGGUGCUACGAAUAUUGCACCAGGUUAUCAAACGGGUGGAUCUCAAAUACCUGGAACAUCAUACCCUGAAUCGUAUCCUGGAAUUCAACAAUCUAAUGGACAAAUUCCACAAAUGCCGGCUGGAAAUUAUCCAGUGUCUCAACCUGGAACUCAAAUAUCAGGUGGUGUUUCUGUUGGACAAUAUCCAAUUUACGGGUACCCUGCAUAUCAAACCCCGAAUGGGGCUACAGGAACAGGAAGAACAACUACAGGUACCAAUGUAGUUACAAAUACAAUUGGUGGUACUGGUUCACAAUUUGGCAACGAUCAAAAACCUGUCAUGCGAGGUGAUAUUCCUGGAACUAGUAUUUAUACAGAUGGAUCAAGUACUACGGGUGGAGACGUACCUGUAAUUGUACCAGGUAACAUGUUUCCUAGCAGUAAUACUGGAUCACAACCCAGUGGUGGUUACUAUCCAGGAACGACGGGUACAACUGGUGGAACGGUAUUAGUACCAGGCCAAGGAACUGGCAACAUUUACACGGGCACUGCAGGUACGGUUGGAGGAACGGUAGUUUCACCUGGAAGUGGGACCGUCCAAAUUCCAAGUCAAGGUUCAGGCACAGGAAGCUAUUAUCCGGGAACUACCGGCACAUCUGGUGGAACAGUAUUAAGACCAGGUCAAGUUCCAGGGACGGGGAAUAUUUAUCCAGGCACAGUCGGAGGCACAGUAACGAUGCCAGGUCAAGCUCCAGGAAAUAUGUAUCCAGGAACUACAGGCAUAGUCGGAGGAACGAUAUUAAUGCCUGGUCAAAUGCCAGGUAAUAUGUAUCCAGGAACAACUGGCACGGUUGGAGGAACAGCAUUAAUGCCUGGUCAAAUGCCAGGAAAUGUAUACCCAGGAACCACUGGUACAGUCGGAGGAACAGUAUUAAUGCCAGGUCAAGUACCAGGAGGAAUAUAUCCAGGAACCACUGGCACCGUAGGAGGAACAGUAUUAGUUCCAGGUCAAUUUCCAAAUAAUGGAAAUAUGUAUCCAACUAAUACUGGUACCGUUGGUGGAACAGUGUAUAUACCAGGUCAAGGUUCUAAUACUGGAACCAUUAACACUGGUAUAACAGGCACAGUCGGAGGAAGCGUUUAUAUACCUGGUCAAGUUCCGGGCUCUGGAAAUGUAGGUCAACCUUUGGUUCCUGGAGGAUAUCCAGGAAUAACUGGUACAGUAGGUGGAACCGUUGUCACACCUGGAGGUGGAACAGCUCUGCAGCCAGGUCAAGGUACAACCACGGGUGGAGUUGUUCCUGGCACCGCAGGUACAGUCGCAGGAACCACAGGUCAAGGAACUGUACAACAAGGAUCUGGCGCAGGGGUCGACGACGAUGGAGAUUCGCAAGCCAUCAGCUCGGUCAAGCAAGGCCCUGGAGGAACCACGGCAAGUGCAUCGGCCGAAGGAAGACACGGCAGCGGCAGUGCAAAGUCACAAGUCAGUGGAACCUAUAACGGUGGUGGUUCGUUUUCUGCGCAAGCGGGUACAAGCGACGAUCACAAAAGUGCUCAAACGCAGAUAAGCGGCGGCAAAGAGGGAGCCAAGAGCAGCGCUCAAGGCAGCGGAGGUCUCGGUAAAAGCCAAGUACAAGUCGAGCUCGAUUCCGAAUCCGGAUCAACGUCGACCAACGCCCAGAGCAGCGGUCUGAAUCACGGCACCAAUUCUCAGGUCCAAGCUUCCUCCAAGGGCGGAAUGGCCGACGCUCAGGCCAACGGUGAGGGACAAACCUCGAGUCAAGCUCAGAUAGGUUUUCAACCCUACAACAGCAACAAAAAUGAGAAACCCGAGCGUCGGGACAAACCCUUCAAAGGAGGCGGUACUGCGUCGGCUCAAAGCGGCGCCUUCAGGGGACAGUCUCAAUCGCAGCUUCAGGGCUCCUUCCAGUACGGAAUAACGUACACCGGCGCGGCUCAAGCCAACUCCGGUUCGGGUUCUGCUUCCCUGAGAAAACCCUUCAAUUUCAGCACACCUGAUCCCGAUCUCUUCAAACCUUACAAGCUGGAGGACAAUCAGGACGGCAAAAAAUCGGCGGAAGCUCCGAAAGAGAAGAUGCGAGCCUCCGGCACGAAGCAGACGGUGAUAUCGAUCAAGAAGAAUAAUAAAAACGCGCCGAAUUACGAGACGACCAACGAGGACGAUUUCGAGGAGGAGUACGAGGACGAGGGGUCGUACAGCGACUUCGUGUCGAUAACACCUAAACCCCGUGUGUCAUCGACAUCGGCUCGGCCUACCUCGGAGCCGAAACACACGAUGCACGUGAUAACCGACGGAGAGUACGACGUUAAGAUCAGAAGAACUAGCGGCAAAGAAUCGAAUAAAACUGCUACAACUGCUCGUGGUGCCGCGCCGACUGGAAGAAUCAAAUCAUCGGAAGCCACGAAAAAUAUCACGGAAAAACUGAAGCCGACGAACAAUCGCACCCAGGAAAGCAGCAGAGCUUCGUCCGACACGAAAUCACUGCGUACCGAGCGCAUAGGUGGCAUUUACAAGAUGAAAGCGGCUCCCGCCUCCGUGGCAGACAACCUCAGCAAAGAGGAAACAGGCCCGAAAGCCAGCUACGUAUCGGUCACCAACAGUGUGGCCGGUAAAAUCGACGACAGGGACACGGACAAAAAGUACGAGCAUCGAUACUACACCAAGAGCUCGACCUGCGGAUACUUCAGCUUCUCUUGCAACGUCGUCUACGGCAAUCACGGGGCGCGAAAGAUCUGCAAGCCCAAGCUGCCGACUUACGAGGACGGCACACCGAAGUGCACUUAGACGCAGCUCUAGUUUAAAAUUUUUUAUAAGAUUUACGAUAUAUGCCUUUCGCACGAUACUUAAAAUAACGCGUAAAGCAAGAGUAGUAACUAAUUGAUACCUCGAAUCAUUAAAUCGAGACAUAUUAGACUGAAAAUUCUUAGAUACUUAAACUUUUAUUUAUUUCAAUGUUGAACGAUGCAUUAUUAAUAUAUAUACGUACACUGCCAUAUUUUCAGAGACUGCAAAAUAACGAAGGUAAAUUACAGACUGUUAUUAUGACUAGUGGCAAUUACUGUUUUGCCAGGGUCUGCUUUUACGAU